GCAGACCCCUGCUCUAUACGGACUUGCUGUCUGCCUUCUCCUUUGGCUAGAUCCUCCACAGGAUGUGACGCUCGCUUGAUUAUUAAAUUAGUCUUUGUUCAACGAUCAUCACCGGCGUCAUCCUUGAUCCUUCACACAUCCACGCCGCCCUCCUAUUGGAGGCAGGCCAGAGACCAAGCCCCAGAAUUUAACAUAGGAAUCCGAAAAUCAAAAUAUUUUGCAUCACAUUGAAGUACCAAGUAAGAUUGCAUGGAUGUUGAGAGGUAGUUUUUUUCUGCAAAAUGCUUAAUCUGUUUUCAAUAUGUUGAGAUGUAAUAAUCAAUGUUAUGGGUCAUCAUCCAGUGACCAAAUAAGGGCGUAGGAGCAGACAGCCAUGGCAGUGCUGCAGGUGCUGUGCAGUCUGAUCGGCUGGUCGGGUCUCUAUGUGGCGUUCUGCGGGGUCUCUCCUCGACGGGGGCCCGAGUGGAACUGCCGCAUGGUCACGCUGUCCCACGGCGUGGUCAUCGUCCUGCUGACGGCGUACGUCAUCUUCGUAGACGGACCCUGGCCUCUCACGCACGCAGGAACAGAGAACACGCGGCUCCAGAUUCGGGCCUUGUCCGUCUGCCUCGGCUACUUCCUUUUCGACAUUGGCUGGUGCGUGCGCUUCGGCACGGAGGGCAGGGUCAUGCUGGCACACCACGCCGCCAGCAUCGCGGGGAUCCUACUGGCGCUGCUGACGGGGGCGUCGGCCUGCGAGACCUGCGCCGUGAUCUUCGGCAGCGAACUCACCAACCCCUUACUGCAGACCCGCUGGUUCCUGCGCCGCACGGGCCUGUACGACAGCCUGCUGGGCGACGCCGUGGACCUGCUCUUCAUCUUCCUAUUCGCCACCGUCCGCGUAGGCGUGGGCGGCGCCAUGUUCUACCACGAGCUGACCUCGCCGAGAACGGCGGCGGUCAUGAAGUUCGGCGGCGUGGUCAUGUACGGACUGGCGUGGGUGUUCAUGGCGGACAUCGCCAGAUUCGGCUACAAGAAGAGUCGGGUUCGGUAUAAGCAGUGGCGGGAAAAGCACAAAGAAGUCAACAUGGAGGGUAAACAUUUGGCAGCGGACUAACUGUUGAUCACACUGCCAUCUACAGGCACUGGAAGGAACUACACUUUUGUCUUGCUUGUCAUUUCUUAAUAAACCUUAUUUGGUCAACAGGAAGCUUAUCUUUGCCAUUUCCAACAGCACUACCACAGAGUUAUUUCUUCUACCAUA